ACCCACGAACCAUGGCGGAGUACGGAGCGCACAUCACCAUCACGGCCCGAGAGAGGCCUUCGGUGUUCGAUGUCGUUGCACAGGACAGUCUUAUGGCAACGUUGCAACCGGCUGUCAAGCACGUGAUGAAGGUUUUAGCUGAGAGCAAUCCUGAGAAAUACGGCUGGUGUUUGCGGUACAGCAAUGAGAUAUUUGUGAUGUUCAAUCUAGUCAUCCAGCAUCAUUAUCUUUCGAACUAUGGUGAGUGUAACAUGCGUGUACAGCUAAAGUCAUCAAAGAGGAUGGAGGCUCUAUCCUUAUCAAGAAAGGUUUAUCUAAAAUCAUUAUCGGCUCUUGUGGCGUUUCCUUACAUACGGGAAAGAAUUGACAAUGUUUUUCAAGAAGUGAGGGAAAAGGAUGCAGACGGCUUACUUAAUGAUAAGAACUGGAGUAACAGGAUGAAGAAGAUAUUCUUGACCCUUUGGCCUUUCCUCCAUUUUUCCUGGGAAUUCAUAACGCUAGUUUACUACGUUCGGUACGUUAUAGGUAGAAGCAGAUUUCAUACUCCACUCUUGCUAAUGUGUGGAGUGCGCCUUGCCAAUCUGGAAGAGGAAGAUUAUGAAAUCAUUGAGGAGAGAGCUGACAAACUCCUGGCCUUCAGAAACAUCAGGAGCCUAAACCAGCUAGGACAGUGGUUGAUCGAGCGCGUAGGUUCAUCCUUGAUGAAUUCGUUGGAAGUCGGUGCCUUCUUUCUUCAGUUCCUCGACUGGUUCUAUUCCAGUGGAAACACACCACGAUCUCUCACCAGCCAGCCAAUCCCACCCCCACCUCAGAUUUCAGUUACAAAGAAAACCAGCAGCGUGAGUGAGUGUCCUGUAUGCUUCCAGACAAGGAAACAAGAUACAGCUCUUUCAGUGUCUGGGUACGUGUUUUGCUAUGCCUGCAUCCUCCCAUAUGUGCGUAGAGAGGGAAAGUGCCCAGUGACCGGCUAUCCAGCUUCAACGGCCCAACUCAUCAGAAUAUAUCAGGAAUUAUAAAAGUUCUUUAUUGUUGUUCAGUUUUGUGAAUACUACUUUAUGUGUAUAUAAUUUUAUUGUGUACAUAAUUGUUAUUUUAUUUUAUAGAUUUAAUAAUUUCUGCAAGAACUGAUCUAAAUAGACAUACUAUGGAAAGGAAUAACUUACAGUUCAUACAAAAGGAUAGUGAUAUAAUUAGUGUUAUGUGCUUAUAUAAGGUUUUACACAAAUAUUAGUAACUGUAUAUGAUUAAGUAUUCUGUGAUAAAAAUUAUCUGCUAUGUUUUUUCUUAUCUGCUUGUUUAUUUUAUGUAUAUGGUGCUUAUUCAAGAAAUAAAUAUGAUUUAUUUUGUUAAAUUUUU